AUGGCUAGCGUUGACAGUGAUUCACGUUCAGGUGCAAAAUUAGAUUCACGUUCACAUGCAAAAUUAGCUUUAGUCAUUGGUAAUAACAGUUAUAGUAAGCAUCCAUUAACCAACUGUGUUAACGAUGCAACUGACCUGAGUGACACGUUGCGUAAAAUUGGAUUUGAUGUUGAACUUGGUAUCGAUUGCAACUAUCAAAAAAUGACACAGUUAGUGGAAGCGUUUGCAGAUAGAAUUAAUGAUCAAGAUUUAGUUCUGUUCUACUUCUCGGGUCAUGGUGUUCAAUGGCAAGAGCAAAAUUAUCUGUUACCCGUAGAUGCUGACGAAAAAGUGAAAAAAGAAAUCGAUCUCAAAUGGAGCGCUAUCAGUGCCCAACGAACAGUAGAGUUAUUUUCUUCUCAAACAUUUUAUGUAACAGUAUUCAUAUUGGACUGUUGCAGAAAAUAUUUGGUAGAAAAUCAAUUAAAAUUUAGAGAUUUCCAGGGAGGAGCAGGAUUACAUUUGAUGAAAGCACCUGGUGGUUCUCUUAUUCAAUUUGCUUGUGACGCUGGCGCUCUAGCAUCGGAUGGAUGUGGAAUAACAGAUCGAAAUGGAUUGUAUACAAAACAUUUACUGCAACAUAUAGCUACUCCAAAUAAAGAACUUGAUAAAAUAUUUUCGGCAGCUGCUGCUGGUGUUUAUCGGGAGAGUAAUCGGAAACAACAGCCAUUUCGUGUUAGUUCCAUUAUGGUAGAUGAACCCAUCUAUUUACAUACAGAGAACAAAAUAAUUUACGAAAACUUAGGAGACUCAUUACCAACCAUGAAACCAGAAACUGUACGUGAAGUGGUAGCUGUAUUAGUUUCUUCACAGAGCACUUUUUUUCUUUCUUCAUAG